UUCCGAUGAAGCCAAUGCAACACUACAUUUGGCGCCACCCUGACGCAUUCAACUCGUCACACAAUUGCCGGCGCCGCCAUCGGCCAGCUGCUAGCUGAUAGCUCCAUUCAGAGACAAGACGCGUGCCAACGAUGAUUACUAUACGUAUACGUACGUAUAGUCAUCACUGAGCUCUGUCUCUCACUCCCUGUAUAUAGAGUACGCGCAAAGCCAGAGCUAGAAGCACAACACACGAGCUGCAUCCACCCCAUCACAGGCCACAAGCCAGUCAUCUCGCUAGCUUGGCUGCGUACUCGGUCAGUGAUGGCGUCCAAGCAGAUGCUUGUCGCCGUGUUCGCCGUGGCCUUCCUCCUGGGGCUCGCCGUCGCCACGGAGCACUUGGUCGGCAACGACAAGGGCUGGACCCUCAACUUCAACUACACGGCCUGGACCGAGACCAAGCAGUUCGUCGUCGGGGACACGCUAGUGUUCAAGUACGGGAGCCCCGCCCACAAUCUGGUGGAGGUGGGCGGUCCAGACUUCGCCGCGUGCACCCAGACGGCCGGCGCCGUCGUUAGGACCUCCGGCGAGGACCGUCUCGCGCUCGACACGGCUGGACGCCGGUGGUUCUUCUGCGGCGUCGGCCCGCACUGCAAGAGCGGCAUGAAGCUCAAGAUCACCGUCCUCGACACCGCCGCGCCGACUCCCCAGCCUGCCCCGACCAACCCUGCUGGCAAGCUGCAGGCGCGCAUUGGUGAGACGGCGGCCGCGGUCACCGUGCUCGCCGCGGCCAUGCUCGUGCUCUAGGCAGUGGCGAAGGUAGGAAUAAUUUAUAGGUGUGGCGGAUUUCACGAGGUAAAGACCAAUGUACAAUAUAACUAUGUGCCGCUCGUGCUCUGCCUCGCCUGCCCGUGGCCACUGCCAUGCCCGGCCCGGCACUUCCAACCUCACACGGUUGCUCUCUGAUCGAUGCCUUACUCGAUCUUCUGGCACUUAGCCGGCUAGGGACGGCAGGUCGGAACCAGGAAAGAAUCACACGAAGCUAUGCAGGCUCGCGAGUUUGGAGAGUAGCUGUGCGGAGUGCCACAUUUAAUGGGUAUUCAAAGUCUAGAAUGAAAAUCGAAAACAUAAAGGUUCACAAAUCGUUCACUGCAAAACAUAAACGUUUGUCGGUGUUGAAUUAGUGCUCUUUGAAGCUUUCUUCCAAUUUUUUUCUUUCU